CGGACGCACCCCCUGGCUCUCUACCAAUCACAACCUGUGUUUACGUUUGGCUUCGCGUUUCAAAACCGUGCAGGACAGAGGUCUUCUCCGAGUGAAAAUUUUAAGAGAAUAGUAAUCAAGUGAGGGACAGAGCUGUUAAUAUCGAGUCAUCACCGCCACUUAGCGCGCCGCCGGUGAGUGCUGCGUCACAUGUUGCGUCUCCUGCAGCGUCCCUGGAGGAAGUGGUAGUGAGAAUUAAGCUGUAGCCGCGUCUCUCACUCCCCCGGGAAUUAGCACGAUGUCUAAACUGCCAUCUGCAACCAGCCGUCUUAGGGCACCUCAGCCAUCAGGGCUUAAACUCCCAGGCUCGCCUCUAAAGCGACAUGGCAGUGGCAAUGACAUAUCAAUCUCAUCAGAGAAGAGAUUGAAGCUCAGUUCAUCUAGCUCUAAUGAAUCUGAAGAUUCGGCAACAGAGAUGCGACCCACUGCAGCAAGGCGCGGUGGUCGGCCACCUGCUCCUGCUGUUGGAAAGCUUCGUAGAUCUGUCUCCAUGGCUAAUCUAUCGGCCCAAGGACUAAGAGAUCGGAAUUCUGGGAGGGGUGCCUUUACGAGAGCUGGUACAUCAUCGCUCAGUCUCACUGGUCGCCCCUCAAAUAUAUCUGCUUCAACAGCUCGGCUGUCAUCAGUUGGAAUUGGAGGCCGCAAACCUGGAACAAAUAUAACAAAUCGUGUCAACAAUAUCCACCAGUCCUCUGUAGGUACCAAGAGCUCCAAGCCGACACAGAUACUCAACAAGGACAAUGGAGAGACAGUUAGCAAAGGAAAGCCUAAGAGAGCAGCAUGGGAUCUGAAGGGACGCCUUCAAGACAUGGAGGAUCUUGUCAAGAACCAAGCAGUACAGCGGGAUGAGUUGUCUGCCACACUUAAGAAUUAUAACUCGCGGAUAGAAAAUUUGGAACUUGAGAAACAGGAUCUUAAUAAGAAUCUGCAGAAGACACAGACACUCUCUCAAGCACAUCAAGAAGAAGUUGACCGACUCAAAUAUAAUCUUAGAGUUGAACUUGAUGAAAGAAGCUCAGAAAAACGACGUUUUGAAAGUUUAAUUCAGAAUUUUGAAUUCAACCAAUCGUCCCUUGAACGACAAAUGAAGUCGCUGGAGGCUGAACUUUCAGCACGACAAGAAGAAGUGUCUGGACUCAAGUCAACAGUAUCGCACCUGACGAGUGCACAAGCUGGAAUGGGAUCAGAAUUGUCCACAACAAAGUUGCUUCUCGAGGACCGUAAUAAGAGAGUUACGGAAUUGGAAGAGAAAGUGGUUCAGCAGAAGGAGCUGAUCGAAUACUUGGAAACUAAGCUUCGGGAAGGGGAGAACGCGAGGAGGAAACUCCAUAAUCAAGUUCUCGAAUUAAAGGGUAACAUUAGAGUUUUCUGCAGAGUUCGUCCCUUGAUUGGAGACGAGCGUAAGAACAACGGCGAUUCAGAUGUAGUUCAUCAUAUAAACUUCCUUGAUGAGCGAACUCUUGAGGUCGUCAAGAUUGGUGGAGAUCCGAAUGGAAGCACAAUGUCUGGCCUGAAAGGACGUGGAAAUGGCGCCUUUGAAUUCUCGUUUGAUCGAGUCUUUAGCCCUAGUUCUACCCAAGCUGACGUUUUUGAAGAGAUUUCACAGCUGUCUCAGUCAGCUCUCGAUGGGUAUAAUGUUUGUGUGUUCGCUUAUGGACAGACAGGAUCUGGCAAGACCUUCACAAUGGAAGGUGUCCCAGGUAUAGAAGAUCUUGAGGGCAUGAUUCCACGGACUGUGAAGCACCUGUUUAGAACCAUGAAUGAUCUGAAGGAUAAAGGCUGGAUUUACACAGUUGAAGCAAGCUUUCUAGAGAUUUAUAACGAAACCAUUAGGGAUCUUCUUGCCUCUUCCAAAGACUCCAAAAGUCUUACCUACGAAAUUAAAUUGACUGACAGCAAAAAGAAUGAAACCUUUGUGAGCAAUCUAAGAGUUGUGAAGGUGACAGAUGAGACUGAAGUUCAUCAUCUUUUACAUUUGGCUCAGCAACAGAGAGCAGUUGCUGAAACUAAAAUGAACGAGCGGUCAUCUCGUUCACAUUCCGUCUUCCGUUUGAAACUUGUGGGUUCAAACAGCAUUACAUCUGAAUCGUGUGAGGGCACACUCAAUCUCGUGGACCUGGCUGGCUCGGAGCGCCUGAAGGAAUCCGGCUCAGAAGGGGCCAGGUUGACAGAGACGCAGAAUAUCAAUAAGUCUCUCUCAAAUCUUGGAAAUGUAAUAAUGGCAUUGGGACAGAAGCAAAGCUUUAUUCCGUAUCGAAAUUCCAAGCUGACGCAUGUGUUGCAAAGCUCGCUUGGUGGUAACUCGAAGACACUGAUGUUUGUCAACGUUUCGCCGCUGGAGAUGUGUUUCAACGAGACACUAAAUUCACUCCGGUUUGCCACCAAAGUUAACCAGUGUCAUAUUGGCACAGCAACGAAGCAGGUUAGAAAAUAAAGAGCAAAUGUACAGUACAGUAUAUGUAUCUUGUAAAUAUCUUCAGUGUACUUAGCCAUAUAUUCAAAAUUAAUAGUUCAAGUGAGAGGUCAGUUUUAUUUUUGAAUUUUGUUAUACUCUGAUUGUAAAUAUAAAUAUUAACAGCAGUAAAUAAUAUUUGUCUUUAGAUCCUACUGUACAUUGUUACACAACAUUAUCGUGAUAAUUUAAUAUAUUUUAACUAGGUUUAGAUCUGUCAUUUUAUAUGGCUAUUAGAGCCAGCUCUUUUACAGUACCACUCACUCAUUAGCACAACACUAUAAAAUAAUUAAAUACACAAAUGUGCAACUGGAGAUGGUGUAUGUUGAGUGUCUCGUAAUGUUGUCUAGUAUUCAACAUUAGAAGUGGUUAAUUUUGGCACGCAAGACUUGAUAGGAUAAAUGAGCAGCAGCACUGAAGAUCAACAGUUGUGAUUGUGACAUUCUGCAACAUUAUUAACAUGUGUUUACAAUAGCACCAUGGAAAUAAUGUUAUUUAACUUAAAAAAUAGUUGUUUUUCUACUACACACACACAUGAGAAAAUAUAAUCUUUAAUUCAUCUCCUGAGUUCUGGGAGGAAUAUGCAUAUUAGAUUUUAGUUAUCAUUGGCCCAAACUAUUUUCAUCAUCAAUGGAUGAGUAAUAUUUUAUCCAUAGUAUGGACUUUGGACUUUCAAAACUUAUGAUUGAAAUUUAAAUUACUGGAAGUCACAUUAAAUGCUUUUUUUAGACCAUAUUACCAGUUUUAUGUUUUAUUCCCAUUUUUAAAAGUUUCUUCUUUAAACCAACAUUAGUGUUUUGUUUUAUAGAAUCUUGGUCAUUUGUUUGAUAACAGUGAACAGCUAAAAUGUUAAAAUCAAAUACAGUAUACAACUUUAAAUUUAUUUUCAAUGCAAAUCACUUAAUCCACAUUUACCAUGUCAUGGUACAGUUGACCGGAGUGCAUCUGGGAACAUCCAGCUCAUGGGUUUGAACCCUCGUCAAGGCCCCGUGUGGAUUUGAUUACUUCUGAUAUAAAUAACUUUACUUGUAUAUUUAAGUGACUUGUAUUAAAUUAAUCUGAUACAAGUUUUCAAAGUAAAUCAAAUAGCUGACAACUGCAGUAUUAGUCAUUUCUUGAGCACUAUCGUUGGUAAAACAAAUAAUUGAAUCUUGAGCGUCGGAUUGGCUGACGUCUUUCAGAUACAAUUUUAAAUGUUACUGAAGAGCUAGAUUUUAUGCUGCAAAAAUUCAUUACAGGCAAAUUUUUGCACAAAAAAAUAUAUAGCACCUCAAUUUUUAAAAGUGGGACUGAUCCUUGAAACUAACACUUUUACUGUGGCACCAUAAAAAAAGCACAUGCAAAUGCCUCUUGUGAUGGUUAUUUAUGUGUAGUCUAUGAUAAAUGUACAAAAGAAAAUUACUGUAUAUUAAAUUAAUAUUUAUGUAAGUGAUAGCAAAAAGAUAGUGAAGUGUGCAAACUAGACACUGGUGGGAAGGACCGCUCAGUGGCUGUAGGUGCCAGAACUAAAGUCUACAAGGUGGGAAAGCUCGGGGAACAGAGAUCUACCCAAAACUGAUUGAAACCAACCAUAACAAAUUGUUUUUUUUCCCCAAUUAUCGCCACUGCUGCCCAGACCUGUUUGUGUGGAGCUAUUGAUUUACCUGUCACAAAAUAGUGUUGGUAUUAGUGGUUAUUUUGUUUGGUGUUGGGUCGUGCUGAUUGCCCCACCCAGAUCAAAGCUAAAUUUUGCUGCUUGUAGCUUUCUAGGAUGCACUACAGUGUUUUUGUGCUAAGCUGGUCUUUUAUUUUGCUCCCAUCAUUAUGUGUGUGUUUCCCACUUUGGGGAAGGCUUUUGAGUGUUUCUCCUACCUGUGUCCUAUAUGAAUGCCCACAUCUGCAGCUCCUUCUCUGGCUAUUGAUUAGCAUUGGUUUCUGGCUUGUCAGUUCAGGUUCCAAAACAUCCUUGGCUUGUAUACCCACAGACAACACAGGAGAAAAGUGCUCUGGCAGUGGUAUCCUCCGGAUAUUUUCCCUCCAGGACAUUGACGGCCUUGGUGUUUACUCGUACUCUUGCAACUCCGUGGAUUUGUGGAAUGCUUCCGAGAGCUGUGCUUCAUGGGCAAAAGUUUGGAGGUCUUUGUUCCAGGUACUACCUCUAUCCCUUCUGGCCAUUUGGCUCUGAGAAGUUGUAGUCUAUAUUCCUUUCUCCAUCUUCUGUGACAUGAAUUUGUCUUAGGGUUUUGAGUUUGUCUGGGGAGGCCCAUGUUUGCCCAUUACCUUGCUUUGCAAUCUUGUUUCAAGGCCUGAGGGUUUUGUCCCUUUCCUUGAAAGUUCACAUGGUUUAUUUUCCUGUAGGCCUUGUUCAGCGUUGCUUGGCUUGGAGUCCUACUCCAUAACUGUUACCACAUGUGACUUGGAUUAAAGAUAGUUCACUUGUUUUUGGGUACUUUUUUUUUUUAUACAUAUCUUCUUUGACACUCCAUACUUCAUGUAGUAGAUCUAGGCAAAGAUGACGACAUUUUAGUCCAGGAUGGACUGAAAAUGUUGUAGUUUUUUCAUCAUCUGAUGUGUGGUUUGGUAAUUAUAUCUUCAGCCUCGUUAUUGUGACUCAUCGUCUGCAUGUUUUUCUGUUUUUUCUCGUGACAGUUCUAAGAUCUCUUUGGCCAAUCUCUUGAGUUUGUGUCAACGCCCCCCCCCCCCCCCCUACCAUUCAGCACUACAGUUCCCAGUCAUUUGUUGCAGUGCUUCCCUUCUAUUUUCUCGCUCCUUGUGUUGGACGGUAGAACGACGGUUUCGCUUAAAAUGUUCUCUUUGGCUAUUCUAUUUUGUAAUUUCUUUUUUGUAUGCCAUUCCAAAUGGCAUAUAUUGAAAAGUUAGUUACCUGUGGGUGAUUAUAAAUGUUUUGUAAAUUGCUAUACAUUCCUUUGUCUAUGGGGUAUGAAAAUCGGUCAAUUAAAGAACUGAGAAAAGGUUAUUAUAUCAUGUAAGUAGGAAUUUAUCAUCACCAGCCUGGUAUCCAAACAGUCAAAUGCAGUAUUAUCCAUUGCAUACAUAGCACAAAUAAUUGGUUUUCACAUUAGAUGUAGUUGGUUAACACUGUUUUUUAUCAGUGUUGGGUACUCAUUCUUCAAUUUAAAUAGCUUUUAAGGUAAAAGAAAAUGACAAUGAGUCGCAAACAUGAACCUUGCAGUAUAAAUGGCUUAUUGUAUGUAUGUUCUAAUUUUGUUGUGUUGUAUAUUUUUAAGGUGAUAUUACUAAUGUAUAAAUAACUGUGUACUAUGUGAACACUUAAAUUUAAUUUAAUCAUCAGUCUGGUUACAUUUAUUUUAUAUAGCUUGAAUAAAUCAAACUAUUGUUUAUGUAAGGGACCUUGAAUAUAUUUUUUGAAGAUGGCAAUACAGUAUAUAUAUUGUUAAGCAAGAUUGAAGUAGUCUGAAAGCAGUUGUCGAUAUUUUACGAAAUUAAGCUUUAAAAUAUUUAACAUGUAAAGGAAUGUUGUGCAGAUAGUGUGACAGGAAAGGUGUAAGCUGGUUACCUCAACUUUUAUACUCAGUUAAAAAAAAUGUUAUAAGAUAGGCUAUCCUAGUGAGUAUAUUUUGUUUCUAUAAUUCAGCCCUUGUGCCUCACCUCUCGGCAAUCCACUAACUGGUGCAAUUGAGGUAGCAUUAUACUCUGUCUUGAAUUCUUCUGUCUUUGCUCUUAAAGCUUUAAAUGGCAUUGAUCUCUCCCACCUUUUGCGCCCCUGUUUAUUACACUUAUUUACCACUUUCCUUCCUGCUCUGGCUCAUUUGUGUUGUUCAGUAUGGUCUGAACCACCUCAUUUGGAAUAGGGUGUCCCUAUCCACCAACUUUAUCACCCCCCCCCCCCCUUCCCCUUCGGUACAGUAUCAUGUUUACAUAGUAAACAUGCCUAAAUUUUUUCCUUUCAUAAUGUUCUCGGUGAGCCUUUUUUUUUUUUUUUUCUCUGUAGCUUUUGAUUUGGUUCACAAAGGCUAUCCAUAUUGUGUGUCAUCUGUGAACAUUCCUCUGACAUUACAUAGUGCAUUUCUUACAUAAGAUCUGGUGUAAUAUUAUUGCCUAAAUUCUUCUCCGAAGAUUGUAGCUACUUCUCAUGUUAUUUUGCUAUUCCAAUCUUUCCCCAUCCCCACUUAGUUGUGUUUGGAUGGGAACACAUGCACCAAGUAUUUUAAUCUUGUCUUUAAUUAUUUGAUCCAUACAUUAACAAGUUGCAAUAAUCAGGUUGCAGUUCUUGUAUAGCAAAAUAUUAGUGUAAUUUGUGAGUGGGUGUUUGGGUAAGGAGUCUAAACUUUUUAUGUAGUUUGAGCCAUUAAAUGAAUGAAUGUUAGUAUGAAGCAUUUUUUUAAUUUCAAAGUCAUGAUAUUGGGUUUGAAAGUCCUUAUAAAUAUUGUUCUUAAUAUUCGGUUUGUGAUUUCAAAGCAUAAAAUUUUAUAAUUAAAAUUAUAUUCUUUGAAAUCACAAAAUUAUAUCAGAUAGAAAGUGAAUUUGCUUAAAUUUUCACUGCAUUUUUCUUGAUGCACAGAAAAAUUAUUUCUGUGCAUCAGAUUAAAAAUGAUUUCUAUGAAUUUUUUAAAUCAUUUUUAUUUCUAACUUCAAGAUUUUUUUAUACAAAUUAUUUUUCUGCAUUUUUAAUUUCAUGAGUGUUUCUUGAUUUCUAUAUAGGAUAAAUUUUUGUACAUGCUAUAAAUACACGGCACAAAUUUUUUUUGUUUUUUUUACUAUAAUACUGAUCUUGACUAAAAUUAAAACUACUAUUUAACUGG